AUGCCCCAUCGAGGCAAGCAACAGCAUACGAGGGGGCAAGGUUCCUACUGGCGGGGGCAAGGGAGGCAGCCGAGGGGGCAACAACGUCUAUACAACAUAUUACCUCCUCCAGCUCCAUGGAGAUCGUGGGCUAGUGUUUCAAUAAAACUUACUGGGCUGCCUCCCAAAGUCACUGCCCGUACUAUCUGGCAGGCAUUCAAAACCGAAGGCACGAUCUUUUCGAUCGAUAUCUUCGAAGACCAUCAUGGCCAGUUGGAGUCGAGGGGGAAAGUUCGCUUCAAACCGCCACCCCGUUCCGAUUUUUGGAAAAAUGGUUCAUACAUGAUCAAGCUUUCAAGCGGACAAGAAGUACGCAUUUUUGUUGCUCUUGAAGAGCCCAGGCCUUCAGAGCUUGAGAUUCCAAGCCCAGUGCGUCCCAAUGUCCGCUAUCCGGUUGAGCUCACAAUCCCAAUUUCCUCACUUGAUAUUGGAGUUAUGCUUAACGAAACAACACUCCUACCAAUGCGGACGAUCGAAACCGGUCCCCUCGGGAAACCCUUCCUGCUACUCAAUCUGAAAAUUAAAGAACUUCACGUCUUCUUCCAACUUCAGAUACUCAGCUCUAAUAGUAAAUCAACCUCAACCUCUUCUCCCGAUACCUGGUACACAUAUCGCCUCAGGAUCCCCCUAAGACAGCUGGGCAAGAUCUUUCAGUCACGCAAUAUUACAACUGGGGUGGUAUCGCACUUGACCGUGCUCGAAUCCCCUCCCAUGUAUCACCGCCGAAUCAGCGAUAUAAGUGCUACAUUCCAUGAGCCGGGAAUCUGGAGGGACUCAGACUGCUGGUAUCGCCAGACACAUAUUGUCCGCAACCCUCUCAACUUGUCUACGCUCCCAGUCAGCCUACCAAGGCAGAAGCCUAUCAUAGACAUUGGUCGAUGGAAUGCCUUCAGAAUCAGUUAUCCUCUAGAUUGCCAGAAGGAACUCUUCACUCAGCUUUGUGCAAUGUUCCAGGAUUAUAAUGUUUCUAUUGAGGAGACUGACCGCUUUAUUCAAUGGGAUGAUAGACAAGAGAGGAUGCCGCCAGUGUGGAAGUGGAUCGAUCUGUCCGAUGCCUCCAGUUUGUCAACGUCGUCAUUAAAUGACCUGAUUGACUCUAGUUAUGUCCCUCUGCCCUUCGCAGUUCGGUAUCAGCUUGAAGUUUGUAUUUCCAAUGGCUACCUUUCCGAAUUUACCAUGACGCAUGAGUUCGCCGCCAAACUAGCUGAGCUCGGGGAAGCAAAGGCAAGAAAGCUUCUGGAGAAUGUAGCAAGUCAAAAACAGCAGUAUCUAGACCCGAUGAAGAUAUUUGAUCUUCCAUUUAUCAGAGGGGUCAGAGCCACUAAGGUGAAGAUCCCUCCUUACUGCUGUCAUAUGCGAUCCGCUACAAUCACACCCAGCACCGUGUACUACAAUCUACCAUCAGUGGACAUCUCGAACAGGAUUAUUAGACGCUACAUGGAACAUUCAGAUCGCUUUCUUCGAGUUCGAUUUACGGAUGAGAAGCUUUAUGGUCGCAUUCAUGCUAGAAGCGAUAAUUCUAAUGAUGAGAUUUUCACCCGCAUCAAGCGAGCACUGGCAAAUGGCAUUAUCAUUGGCGACCGACGAUACGAAUUCCUUGCUUUUGGGAACUCCCAGUUUCGUGAGCAUGGGGCCUACUUCUUCGCCCCAUUGCCUGACCUUACAGCGGCCAAUAUCCGUGCUUGGAUGGGUCAUUUUAGCGAUAUCCGAAAUGUGGCAAAGUACGCAGCACGGCUAGGCCAAUGUUUCUCAACAACUCGGGCAGUAGCUGGUUGCCCAGUACAGAUACGCAAUAUUCCUGAUGUGGAAAGAAAUGGCUACACUUUCUCUGAUGGAGUCGGAAAGAUCUCGAGGUUUCUUGCACAAAUGGCAAUGACUGAGCUCAAGAUAAAGACGCCAACGGGCGAGCCUCCAUCAGCCUUUCAGUUCCGUCUUGGGGGCUGCAAGGGUAUGCUUGCUGUUUCUUCCGAUGCCCAGCCUCAGGAGAUUCAUAUUCGAGAGAGCCAGAAUAAAUUUCCGACCGUUCAUAACGGCUUGGAGAUCAUCCGAUGGUCUCAGUACUCAAUGGCUACACUGAACCGCCAGCUGAUACUUGUCAUGUCCACCCUCGGGAUUCCUGACGAGGUAUUUCACGCUAAACUCAAGUCCAUGCUGCGUGCUCUUGAUGAGGCCAUGGAAAGUGACUCCCGAGCAAUCGAGGUACUCAAGAAGUACGUUGAUCCGAAUCAGACGACUCUUACCGUCAGUCAAAUGGUAUCUGAUGGUUUCCGGCGAUCUAAGGAGCCAUUCUUCACAUCUAUCCUAGCCCUUUGGCGGACCUGGCAUAUCAAGUACCUGAAGGAGAAGGCGAAAAUUGUCAUUGACAAUGGCACGAAUUUACUAGGCGUCAUGGAUGAGACGGGGAUCCUUAAGGGCUACUUUUAUGAUAAAAUACCAAAGGAGGGCGCUUCUCUCGAGCAAAAGCUAGCAGCAUUGCCAGAGAUCUUUCUUCAGGUCCCUCGUACAAGUGGCUCUGAGGGAGGUGCACAAUACGAAGUCAUCGAAGGGCUCUGUAUACUGGCACGCAAUCCCUCUCUUCAUCCAGGUGACAUUCGUGUGGUCCGGGCAGUCAACGUGCCUGAGCUGCACAGCCUCCGUGAUGUGGUCGUCUUACCACAAACCGGUGAUCGGGACAUCGCCAGCAUGUGUUCCGGUGGAGACCUUGAUGGUGAUGACUACCUGGUUAUUUGGGAUCAAGACUUGAUUCACAAGGACUGGUUUUUAGACCCAAUGCGCUACACAAGCAACAAGGCACAGGAUCUAGACCACGAUGUCACAGUCGAUGAAGUUACCUCGUUCUUCGUUAUGUACAUGAAAAAUGACAGUCUUCCAACGAUUGCUCACGCCCAUGUUGCCUGGGCAGAUCAGCUUGAGGAUGGUGUUAACGAAGAAAAGUGCAUCCGACUUGCUCAGCUCCAUUCCGAUGCCGUGGACUACAACAAAACAGGAAGACCGGCUAUCAUGACCCGCAAUCUUCAGCCACGAAGGUGGCCUCAUUUUAUGGAGAAGCCUAAGCCAAAAGACCAGAUAUAUUGCUCCAGGAAGAUUCUCGGUCAGCUCUAUGACGCUGUGGAGAGGGUGGACUUCGUGCCAAGCUUGGAGAUGCCUUUUGACGAGCGAAUCCUGAACUGUUCAAUCGAGGUCAGCGAAGACCUCCACACAUUCGCUAAGAAUCUCAAGAAUGAAUACGACACAGCCAUGCGGCGAAUCAUGGCACAGCACGAGAUCAAGACCGAGUUUGAAAUCUGGUCAACCUUUAUUCUUAACCAUUCACAUAUGAGCAAGGACUACAAAUUCCACGAAGAAAUUGGUGCAAUUUCAGCCGCGCACCGCGAAACCUUCAGAAAGCAAUGCUACAACAAGGUGGACGGUAGAACAUUCGAGCUACUGGCACCACUAGCAGUCGCUAUGUACCGUGUCACGCAUGAAGAAAUGACUCAAGCGCUCAAGAAACAUCGCGAAAACUCUCCACCGCAUGAAACUCCCAAGAUAAAUCAGCUGCCUCUGAUCAGCUUCCCCUGGAUUCUUCCCCAUAUACUAGGCAGAGUUGCCCGUGGUCUAUACGAUGUCUAUCAGCCUCCAGCACUCCAAUCCGUUCUUGUGGAAAUUGAUCCAACCAAAGUCCCUCCCACUGCAGGUAAACCUGAUAUCCUGUACGAAGACCCGUUCGACCUAUUCACAGACGAAGAACGCACAGCCAACUCAUCACACACUCAGUCAAUCCCAACUGCGGGCCCUUCCACUAGCCACGCAGGCGCGAAGAGCAGCGAGAGCAUCAUCGAUCAACUGCUUGAUUGCGGCAUUUCGGACGUACCGACUCUAUCGCCUUCUCUUCCAUCCACGUCUUCAAGCACCCCCGGUAGGGAACAGAUCUCCUUGUUAGACAUCGAUGACAACGUAGCAAUACCCGAAAUGCCCGAAAUUCCCAGGCCGGUCAUUGCAAGCCCUUCGGCAACACCACUCGUGGAGGAACUCAUCGAGGGAGAUGACGAAUGCGAGGAGAUCAUCGAGGAGGAAGACGAUGUUGAGCCUACUGCUCUCGAUAAACUCAAUGAGCUGCUUGGCCUUUGA